AUUAAAAUUAUAAUUGAUUAUUUUAUAAUAUUAUAACAGAUAUAAGUGUUUCACGUUAAAAUGAAAAAAUACUUAAUACCUACUUUUAUUAUUUAAUAUUAUAAAUUAUGAUUUGUGAUUUGUGAUUUAUUGAACCUAAAAUAAUUAGUUCUUUAAUUGAAUUUUUAUACAUACUUCAUAGCAUGUUGAUAACAUUCAACUACCUACUUGGUGACGGAGAUUAUGUUAAGUGGAAAAAUAGCUAAUGCAAAAAGAAUAAAAUUAUAGGUUUUAUAAAAAUUCAUAUUUUAAUUUUAUGUUUAUAUAUCUGCCGAGAAAGAGACACUUAAAAGUUAAAUAGGUACAUGUGACUAUAUACAGAGUAAUAUUUGUAUUGUAUGCUAUGAGUUAUAGUGAUACAAAAUUUUUUAAUCAAAUGAAAACCUACCUUUACUUUAAAUUAUUAUGUAGGUGAUUUUUUUGAUAAGUUUGGUGUUUAUAUAUCGAAAUUUAAACGAGUUAUUUUUGAGUUAUUAAAAUGUAUUUACCAAGGAUAAUAAUCCUUAAAAAUGGUCUUAUAAAUCUAUAAAUUAUGAUAUAUAAUAUUAAAUUUUGAUGAAUUAAUAUAAAAAUUUUUUAAUUUUAAAAUUAUCAUAGCUCUUUAGUUCCCAAAAUUAAAUAACUCAAAAACUAAUCGUAUAAAUUUCUGUUUGGAUACAUUAACAUUACAAAAAAAGAAGCCAUCCGCUUUACAAUUUACAGAAAAAUAAAAAACUAUUUCUCUAUUUAAAAUAUAAUUUUGUAUCACAAUAGAGAACACUGUUCAUUAUAAACAAUAAUUUAAGGAUGAACAUCUUUUUUAUCCAGUUGUAUAUAUUUAUCUAUAAGUAUCUCUUUCUCAACACGUGAUACAUUAUGUUGUAUUCGAUAAUAAUUAUUGCCUUUAUAUUUAAUAGUUAAUAACUUGUACAGUACGGUGUGAAUAUCACUCUGUAUAAUAUGACCGGGCAAACGGCCAAAACUAAUGGUGUUUAUAAUUAUUUAUACAACAUAUUUUAUUGUUGGACAGUGGACAACGGAAAUAUCCCCACUUUUUUACUCCACAAAUUAUUGUAAUUAUACAUAUACCAUAUAGUAUUAUACAAAUUUACACACACGACACGCAUGUAUCUGAUUCUGCAGAGGCGAUUUAUUAUUAUUAUUAUUAUUAUUAUUAUAACUAGUAUUCUUUGUCAUUGCUAUAUUAAAUAAAUACGAUUGAAACACUGUUAUAUGAGUGAAUAAAAAACGGUCAGUCGUUCGCCGGCUACCACGUGCGUCGUUUGUCCUAUCGUUAUUCUAACCUGUCCCAGCGCUAACUAAACAAUAAUAAUAUCAUGUCUCUGUUAUUAAUGUCUUGGUAUUUUGUAUGUUUCGUUACAGUCAUUCUGUUUUUGAUCGCUCUCCGUACGUGUAGGAAACCAAAAAACUAUCCACCAGGGCCAAAAUGGAUACCGUUUGUGGGAAAUACGUAUCAAUUAGCUAAACUAUCGUCUAUCAAAAACGGCCAAUAUUUAGCUUUAGAGGAACUUCGUCAAAGAUAUAAUUCUGAUAUUAUUGGGUUGAAAUUAGGACGUGAAUACGUCGUUAUUGUGUUUGGAAACGAUCUAUUGAGUGAAACGUUUCAUAGAGACGAAUUUCAAGGUCGACCUGAUAAUUUUUUUAUGAGACUCCGGACAAUGGGUAAACGUAGAGGUAUAACAAUGACCGACGGAGAUCUUUGGAAAGUACACAGAUCGUUUGCGGUCAGACAUUUGAAGUUACUUGGUUUAGGACAAAGAAGGGCGGACGAAUUGAUUUAUGAUGAAUAUCAACACAUGGUACAACGUCUAAUUGAUACGACAGAAAGUGUAACACCAACUUUACACUUGCAAUCAGCUGUAAUGAAUGUUUUAUGGGAGCUAACAGCGGGCACCAAGUUUGAAGACCCUAAGUUGUUAGCGUUGAUGAGGAAACGAAGUUCAGCAUUCGAUAUGGCUGGUGGGCUGCUUAACCAGAUGCCGUGGCUACGGCAUUUGGCACCUAUCAGGACGGGUUACUCACUCAUAACUGAUAUCAAUCAGCAACUUUAUUCCUUGAUAUCUAAUAAUAUUGCGGAUCACAAGAAAACGAUAACUGACACUACCAGGGACUUUAUAGACGCAUAUUUACAUCAAAUGAAAAAAGAAGAUAUACACAAUACAAUGUUUACUGAAGAACAAUUGAUAGCUGUUUGUUUGGACUUAUUUAUUGCUGGAUCAUCAACAACUAGUAGUACAUUGGAUUUUGCUAUAUUGGCUAUGGCUCGGUGGCCAGAUGUCCAGACUAAAGUUCAAUCUAUUCUGGAUGAGAUCCAACCUCCGGGAACGUAUAUUACAGCCGAACAAAUUCUUAAAAAUCGAUAUGUGGAAGCGGUGCUUUUAGAGACGAAGAGACUGAAUCAUGUGACACCAAUUAUAGGUCCUAGACGUGUGUUAAGAAAUACAAAUCUUAAUGGAUAUAGUAUACCUAAGAAUACAACACUUUUGAUGAGUUUAUAUUCAGUACACCACAAUCCGUUGAAAUGGGAUGACCCUGAAGUAUUUCGCCCAGAGAGGUUUAUGGAUACAAACGAAAAACUCAAUACAAUUGAAGACAUGUAUUUUUUUGGAUUUGGAAAAAGACGAUGUCCUGGUGAAGCGUUAGCACAGCGGUUUGUUAGCUUAGUAUUUGCCAACUUAAUACAUGAUUUUAUUAUCGAAAUCGAUCGGUUACCCGAUGGAUUAAAUUGUGGUAUACUUAUGACACCAAAGCCUUACAAAAUAAAAAUGUCUAAAAGAAAAUGAACA